GUGCAUUUGGGGAGGGGGAUUUUGGCCGCUCAAGUGAGGGUGGGUUCCUGAGGAGGGGGGGGUUCAGGUCAGUGGGGUCCCUGGGGUGCUCUGGGACAAUUUUUGGGGUCUCGGGGUUGGGUUUUAAGGGCGGUUUUGAGGCUUUGUGGGUUCUGAGGAGGGGGUCCCUCAGCCGAGCCCCCUCCCCAGGCGAGCCGUGCCCCGAGCCCACCAUCGCCCCCUCCUAUUACACCACCUCGGACGCCGUCAUCGCCUCCGAGAGCGUCUUCGUGGUGGAGAUUUCGCUGGUGUGCAAGAACGGAGCCCAGGUGAGACAGCGCCCCCUUGGGGUCAGGAUGAAUUUGGGGAGGGGUCUCCGCUCUCCCAGCCCCCCAAUUCCCCCCCAGGUCUCCUGGAGCCUGGAGCAUCGCCAGGCGCACUCGGGCACCUACGAGGUGAAAUUCUUUGAUGAGGAAUCCUACAGUGCCCUGCGCAAGGCGCAGCGGAACAACGAGGACGUGUCGCGGAUCCGGCCGCUCUUCACCGUCAGCGUCGAGCACAGGGGCGCCUGGAGCGGGCCCUGGGUCUCCACCGAGGUCGUGGCCGCGGCCGUCGGGCUCCUGGUUUAUUACCUGGCCUUCAGCACCAAGAGCAGCAUCCAGGCCUGAAACCCCAAAAAAUCCCAAAAAUCACCCCAAAAACAACAGCUCAAUAAAAACAACCUGAAAAAAUG